AUGGCUCGCUCAAGAACUGCCGGGCGCUGUAACCCCUUCGCAUUCUACCGCGUACCAGUAACGGUUUUCGUGACGCUUAUCUACGUCGCAUUGCUCGCCCCGAUCAUUGUCGUCCACCAUAUCCUCCCUGCAGUACCAGAAUCAGACGUCGAAGGCCUGGACUUGCACGAAGCUUGGCGGGAUCUUCAACAUUUGACGAACGGAUUUCAUCCUUACAAUUCGCAUAAAAAUGAUGAGGUGCGGAGUUGGUUGCUCACUCGCAUUGAUGAGAUAGUAUCGACCAACGUGAAAGAUGCGAAACAACAAGAUGGUGUUCGGACGUUUGUUUUUGACGAUAAUCAAUCGAAUUUAACAGUCGUGCAGUCCAAUCUCGGGGUAUAUUUCGAGGGUACGAAUAUCAUUGUAUAUAUCUGUGGCCAGGAAGAUGAUAAAAGGGAGUGGUGGAAAGAACCGGGCCUUAGUCCCUCGGGCAAAGGUGGUGUGCUUGUGAACGCGCACUACGAUAGCGUGUCAACCGGAUAUGGAGCUACCGAUGACGGAGUCGGGGUUAUAUCGUGCCUGCAACUUAUCAAGUACUUCACUACACCGGGCCAUGAACCUACGCGGGGACUUGUUGUGCUGCUCAACAAUGGCGAAGAAGACUUUUUGAAUGGUGCACGUGUUUACAGUCAACAUCCCAUCUCGAAAUUGCCGCACACCUUUCUGAAUCUGGAAGGUGCUGGAGCUGGUGGACGAGCAACACUGUUUCGCAGUUCGGAUACCGAAGUCACCAAGUUCUAUCAGCGGUCGCCUUAUCCCUUCGGUAGCGUCUUUUCAGAUGCGGGUUUCAAGCUUGGUAUGAUUAGAAGUCAGACGGAUUAUAUUGUCUUUGAGGGCGAUAUGGGCCUGCGCGGCCUGGAUGUCGCUUUCAUGGAGCCUCGAGCCAGAUAUCAUACCAACCAAGACGAUGCAAAACAUACUAGCCAGCAAUCGCUAUGGCAUAUGUUGUCUGCCGCAGUCGCUACUACUGAAGGUUUAGUUUCUGAUACGAGUCACGAUUUCGAAGGUCGUCCACAAGGCCCAGGAAAGGUGCCUAGUGGCACUGGUUCUGGCGCUGUAUGGUUUGACCUGUUCGGUACCGCGUUUGCUGUGUUUGAGAUUCACACGCUUUUCGCACUAUCUGUCACAUUGCUUAUCGUCGGUCCUUUGACCUUGUUUAUUACCAGUAUUAUCCUGGCCAACCAGGAUCGCAUGUACCUGUUCGGCAUCUCAGUCCCAGUUGACGAUGGCUUCGGAAGCGUACCUCUGCGCGGAUGGAGAGGCUUCUUCCGCUUCCCAUUCAUCUUUGGUAGUACUACUGCAAGUGUUGUAGCCUUGGCUUACUUGAUGGCUAAGAUCAACCCUAUGAUUGCUCACAGCAGCGAGUACGCAGUCUGGAGCAUGAUGAUCUCUGCGUGGGUUUUUGUUGCAUGGUUCUUAUCUCGUAUAGCCAAUUUUGCUAGACCAUCAGCCCUGCACCGCAUUUAUGUCUUGACGUGGAUGUUUUUAUUGACAUGGGUUUUGCUGGUGAUUACUACGGUAUACGAGAAUCGGGAUGGUAUAGCAAGCGGCUAUUUCGUCAUCUUCUAUGCCUUUGGGACUUUUAUGGCUACAUGGAUAUCUUACCUCGAGUUAUUCUCAUUACCUAAGAAAAGUGACUUCGCCAAUAAAGUCAGUGGCCAAAUAUCUUCACGACCCACGAGUUUGGGCGGUAGUCGUCUUUUGACUCCUAGUGGCGAAUCCGUUGGUCAACACCCGGAGGAUGAAGAACCUACGGAGUCGACAUCUCUCUUGCGUGGUCAACGGACUAGCUUUGCAAACUACACUCGACCUGUGGAGGACGAUGGUGACGGAGAUCUAUUGUCGACAGGAGUCAGCACUGAUGUAUCUGAAGCACGAGAUUUCAACGUUUACGGAUACGAACAGCCAUGGAGCGCAAACUUGCCCAAGUGGACAUGGAUUUUGCAAUUCCUGUUGAUCGCUCCGAUAGUCAUCAUACUUAUCGGACAACUAGGUCUUCUAAUCACAAGUGCCAUUCAUCAGACCAUGCAGGAUGGCAGUUCGACCUUGGUGCCGUAUUUAAUCAUUGCCCUCCUUACUACAUUUCUGUUCAUGCCUACUCUACCCUUCAUCCAUCGAUACACCUAUCACAUACCUACAUUCUUGUUCCUGAUAUUCGUCGCUACCCUUGUUUACAAUCUGGUAGCAUUCCCGUUCUCUGGAAACAACCGGACAAAGCUCUUCUUCCUACAGGAAGUGGACCUUGAUACUGGUGCGAACCGUGUUUCCUUAACGGGCAUACAGCCUUUUGUCAGCGAUGCCGUUGCAUCCAUACCCAGUGCCGACGGACAGAAUAUAUCGUGCAUCCCAAAGAUGGAUCGAACCGAAUGCUCUUGGGAGAGCAGUCUCGUACCACACGUUAUCACCCAUCCGGGAUCUGAAAAGGAGGAAACUCCGCUGAACGAGUGGGUGAAAUACAAAGCUACACGUCUCGAGCCCGGAAGCCAAAACAGCAAUCGUGCACAAAUCAAGAUCAGUGGACUGAACACACGAGGCUGUCUUUUGCACUUUGAUAAACCCAUCACUCGAUUCCAUGUUACUGGCUCUGCUAUCGACAGCCGGUUUCCAAGUAAUCCGUCGCUAGAAGAUGGAACGGAAGAUGGUGUGCGCGAAAUUCGCCUGUGGAGUCGUACCUGGGGAAAUCAGUGGGUGGUAGACGCUGAAUGGGCUUCCGACGAGGACGUCAACAAUGAGGAAGACACAUUGACUGGAAAAGCAACAUGUCUCUGGAGUGAUGCCAAUACUCAAGGUGCUAUCCCGGCGCUUGAUGAAGUUAUCCAAUAUAGCCCGGACUGGGUUGCGAUUACGAAGCUUGACGCUGGCUUGGUCAAAGGGAGUCGAUCGUUUGAGGUGUGA